GUCAGUUUCCUUCGCUGUUUACACGGAAGUGGACAAUAACAAAGUCAGACCAGCUGCCAGCUACACUUUCGUCUUAUAUAAAGUUAAAGUGUUAUAGUACAGGAAUAAAUCUAAACGAUAAUAAUGGUCAACCUCGGAAUCCGGAAGGUCGAUGACGCACUCGUGGAGAAACAUCCGGGUUUGCAGCAGUAUGCUGCCUGCCAGUCUCGUGCAUUUAUGAAAGGAACAGGAAGCUUCAUAAUUGGUACAAUAAGCAUGUUCUUAGCACAGCAAGCACUACAGAACAGGCUGAAGUAUCCGCUCCAGUGGAAUCUUCUAGUAUCUAUUGUGACUUCCUCAGUGUUCAGCUACACAGUAACUCGUUGGGAGACGAUGAAGUGCACAGAGCUGUGGGUUUUCCUGGAAAAAGGAGAAGUACCUGAUUCCAGUCCACCUAAGGAUCAGCUUCUAACACCUGCAGCUCCCAAAGUCACAAAAUACGGAGAUGUAAUGGAGUAAGUGGGAACUGACAGCAUGACUGCAAUAUCCAGUGAACAGAGUGUGUGUAUUAGGAAAUUUGAAUUGUUGGAGUGGGUUCGAACUGUAUAUUGUUUUUUUUUUUUUUACUUUCUUCUGAUCGAAAAUGUUAAUAAAUGUAUAAACCUGGA